AUGCAUCGACUGAGAUAUUUCCGACUGAAUGGCUCGUCUGUGGGACGCUUAUUCUGCACCCAAGCUGAAGGUGUCGCUCUUAACAAAUUGACAGUCUCAGCUCUGAAGGAGACAUUCGAAGGUGAGCGACGUGUUGCACUGAGUCCAGCUGCCGUGAAACAGCUCUGCACAAAAGGAUUCAACGUGCAGGUAGAAAAGGGUGCUGGAGCAGAGGCUCGCUGGUCAGAUGAGGAGUACGCAAGACAGGGAGCCAAGGUUGUGGACAAAAAUGCAGCGUUCAAGGCCGACAUUGUUCUCAAGGUUCGGCCACCGUCGAUCAGUGAAGCGCCGCUCUUGAAGGACAAUUCUACAUUGAUCUCGUUCGUCUAUCCUGCUGUUAAUAAACCUAUUGUUGAUGAAUUAGCAAAGAAGAAGUUGAACCUGAUCGCAAUGGAUUGUGUCCCUAGAAUAUCCAGAGCUCAGGUGUUUGACGCUCUAUCAUCAAUGGCCAACAUCGCUGGUUAUCGUGCUGUAGUUGAAGCUGCCCAUCAUUUUGGGCGAUUUUUCACAGGACAAAUCACAGCCGCUGGAAAGGUCCCACCAGCUAAGGUGUUGGUUAUUGGAGGAGGUGUUGCUGGUCUCAGUGCCAUAGGAACUGCCAGAGGAAUGGGAGCCAUAGUUCGUGGAUUUGACACUCGAGAAGCAGUUCGAGAGCAAAUUCAAUCGUUAGGAGGAGAAUUCCUUACCAUCAACAUCAGAGAAGAGGGCGAAGGAGCUGGCGGAUACGCCAAAGAGAUGAGCAAAGAGUUUCUGCAGGCAGAAAUGGAUUUGUUUUCUAAGCAGUGCAAGGAAGUUGAUAUCAUAAUUUCAACUGCCCUCAUCCCAGGAAAGCGGGCACCACGUCUGAUCACAGAGGAGAUGAUUCGUUCUAUGAGGCCUGGUAGCGUCGUUGUCGAUCUGGCAGCUGAAGCCGGUGGUAACAUCGAGACUACAAAACCAGGCGAGUGUUACACAAAGCAUGGCGUUGUGCACAUCGGAUACGUCGAUUUACCAUCC